AUGAGUCGAUUUUCACGGGGAUUUAUUUUGUGCGUCCUAACGGUGACCUUCGUAAAAGCUCAGCAUGUUCAGAGAGCCACCGUAUAUUGGGAUGCUGUUCGGAGGUCUGUGGUGCUGAAAGAGGAUGUAAUGGAAGAGGACGGAGAUGCAUUUGGCUAUUUCAAUGAUAGUUUAUCUGUUUCUGGAUGGGGAGUGCUGGAAGUGCAGGCUGGUUAUGGGGAAUCCCAGGACAACGAUGAAAUUACAUACUUCUUGGCCGGAUACCUUGAAGGAUUCCUUACAGCUUCACAGAUGAUAAACCAUUACUUUAAUAUGUAUCCUCAGAUGAUUAAGGAUCAUAGUGUUAUGACACCUCUGAAAUCAUUUAUGAGUGAGCAGGACUCAUGGACAAGAACACAAUUGAAGUUAAAUGAGAAAAGUGAUCCCUUGUGGCAUCAUGUGGGUCUUCUAGUGGCUCAGAUAGAUGGAUUGUAUGCCGGGGCAGCAUAUUGGGCCAAAAGUAGACAGGAAAAGCCUCUGCCCAUGUUUGCGGUUCAAUUCCUUAAUGGUAUUGGGGAUUUGUUAGAUUUAAUCCCUGCACUCAAAAGGCGUUCCAACUCUUCUUCGGACUCCUUCAGAAUGCCAGGGAUGAGUCACUGCUCUGCUCUCAUCAAGUUGUUACCUGGCUAUGAGAAUCUGUUGCUUGGUCACUCCAGCUGGUACACCUAUGCAGCCAGCAUGAGAAUCUACAAGCACUGGGACUUUCACCUGAAAAAUAAACAUAGCACAAGCAGAUUGUCCUUUAGCAGCUACCCUGGGACCUUGUCAUCUCUGGAUGACUUUUAUUUGCUGGGAACGGGGUUGUUUGUAACUCAGACAACAAACAACGUGUUCAACUCCUCGCUGUUCUCGCUGGUGACCCCAGAGGCUUUGCUUGCCUGGCAGAGAGUGCGUGUAGCAAAUGCGCUGGCCUGCACAGGGAAGCAAUGGGCCCAAAUAUUUUCCAAGCACAACUCGGGGACCUACAAUAACCAGUAUAUGGUGGUGGACCUGAAAAGAGUUUCACUUGGAAAGCAGAUUGAAGAAUGGAGUCUGACUGUUGUGGAGCAGAUUCCUGGUUUGGUGGCGUAUUCAGAUCAGUCACAAGCGCUGCGUCAUGGUUACUGGGCAUCCUACAACAUACCUUUCCACUCAGACAUUUACAGAAUGAGUGGUUAUGGUGCGAUGUGGAAAAAGCAUGGUGAAGACUUCUCAUAUGACCUCUGUCCACGUGCUAAGAUUUUCCGCAGGGAUCAGGGAAAAGUCACUAAUCUGGACACCUUGAAAUACAUUAUGAGGUACAAUGAUUACAGAAAAGACCCAUAUUCAAAGAAGCACCCUUGCAAAUCCAUCUGCUGCCGUAAUGAUCUGAGGCUCCGACGACCUCUUCCAGGGGGAUGUUAUGAUACUAAGGUUACAGAUUACCACAUGGCCCAGAUGUUUAUGGCCGAAGCUGUGAACGGACCCACUACUCAGAAUGGUCUUUCACCUUUCUCUUGGAGCCGUUUCAAUCGGACAGCUCAUCUGGGGCUCCCUCAGACCUACAACUUCUCAUUCAUCACUAUUCAGCCCCUUCUUUUUGGUUCCAGAGAUCAAGACAGUCUGCUAGAGUGUUUAAACAGCUGUCUAGAGGAUACAGAUGCAAGACUCGAAAAUUAUUUAAUCAACUUUGCAUCAGAUAUUUACAGGCAGCUUUACGAAGUUAUUAGGUAUGUUUUUGCCCCAUAAUACUUUUUGUGAGAUUGAAUGCAUAAUACUUGUUUAUGCAAUAAAAGUUGCUUGACUAACUUG